GCAGUGACGCGCUGGUACACGGAGGCUGUGCUGAGAGGAGACCGUGGCGGCAACGGACGGAGGCUGAAUGAAACCCGACUAUAAAGACCAUGACCUGAAGGUUCAACCCACUGCACUCCUCCCUUCCCUCCCUCCCUCCGCGAUGAAUGACAAGCUGGUGUUUCUUGGGCUGCUCUACUUCAUCCAGGGCAUCCCAUAUGGCCUGCAGUCAUCCCUGCUGCCCGUGUACCUGCGCGGCGCCGGCCACUCCCUCACCCGCAUCAGCCUGACCAAGGUGCUCUACUUCCCCUGGGUGCUCAAGGUUCUCUGGGCGCCCUUGGUGGACCGAACGGGCACCAAGCGGUGCUGGCUGGUGGCCACUGUGGCCGGCCUGGCCCUCACAUGCCUGGCUAGCGCCACUGUGGCACCCGAGUCGCAGUACGCAGCGGUGGCGGGCUCCCUGCUGGCCAUGAACGUGCUGGCCUCGGUGCAGGACAUUGCAGUGGACGGGGCGGCCGUGCGCCUGCUGCGGGGGCAGGGCGAGCUGGGGCUGGGCAACACCGCUCAGGUGGUGGGCUACAAGGCCGGCUCUGUGUUUGCUGGAGGCGGGUUGCUGGCAGUCAUCGAUGUGGCUGGCUGGGGCUGGAUGUUCACCCUGCUGGCCUGCGUCUAUGGAGGGGUAGCACUGUUCGUGUGGGGCGCCCCUGUGCUGGACGGGGAGCCAGGCCGGGCACAGGGUGAAACACGCAGGGGCUCCCGUGAUGUUGUGCGGCCAUGGAGGGUCUGGAGGAAGCUGAUGGAUGUGCCCGGGACACCGUGGACCAUGCUUUAUGUGCUUACUUAUAAGCUAGGUGAGCAGGGAGCCAUCACCAUGUUUCCGCUGUUCCUUCUAGACCAUCACAUGACUGCGCGUGAGCUGGGAAUGUGGAAUGGUGUGGUUGCCAUGGCUUUCAGCAUCUGCGGCUCCUCUGCUGGAGGCUUCUUACUCUCCCGCUACAGUAUUGGCUUAUUGAUGAGGCGUGUGUUCGUGAUCAGGACCAUCAGCAUGGUUUUUCAGUGUUCCCUGCUCACAGUGCUGGAGCCCUCCCCGCUUAUGAAAGGGGUGUCGGUGUUGAGUCUGAGCGUGCAGCAUUUCAUAGCAGGCCUCAUCACUACACUGACCUUCACCGCCAUGAUGAAUUGCACACAGAGGGCUGAGGAGAGCAUCCAGGCCACUCACUACAGUUUCUUGGCCACCCUGGAGGUGCUGGGGAAGCUGAGCUUCAGCGCCCUGGCUGGUGGCAUGGUGGACACGGUGGGCUUUCCCAUAGCCUUCCUCCUGUUUCUCUUCCUCACCUCCAGCAGUGCGCUGCAUGUGUGGAGAGCCACAGAGACAGGAGCUCUGAAGGAACAGCUGAAAGAACAGCCUCAAUGAGCAGCUUCAGCUGCAGCGCAGGAGUCAGGCAGGACCAGUUAGGUGUGUGGUUGUGGGUGUGUGGGUGUGUGUGUGUGUUAGAAUGCUAAAGGAAAAGCUUGAAGAUUGGCUGCAGUGAACAGCUUUACCUGUAGACCAGUGGGACAAUGAAUGAGUGUCUUGUGAGAACAGUAAACAGCUUAAGUGUAGCAGGAGGAGCAGUGAGGUGAGUGAAUGUUUGUGACAGGUGUUCAUUGAAUGUUCUGGGGUGCAUGUAGAAGCACAGUGUCAUUAAUGCAAAGCACUGCUACAUUAUUUGAUUGUUACUGGUGCCCCCUUGUGGAGAAUUUUCAGCCUGCUAAAUGCGAGUGAGUAAAUGUGCCAGUUCUAUGAGCUGCUUCACAUACAGUGCUGCUUGAAAGUUUCUGCAAGGAAUCUCUUGUAUAAUUAUAGGUUUUUUAAGUUCUGCUGUGAAAUCUUUUUCAGUUUUCAAUUUCAGUGAACAGUCUGACCAAAUCUGUGUGUUGGUUUAAUCAAAAUCGUGCAGAUCAUGUGGAAAAGAUUGGGAACCUAUCAAAGACCAAUCAAAGACGAGAUCUUAGGAAACAGUUUGGGCGGGACUGUGACAUAUAGUGAGGAGAAACCUGGUCAGUUUGGUGUGAGCCGUGCAGGUGGAUGCAAAACACACCAUGCCAAGCGGGACAUCUAGCUCAAAAACAGGACAUGAGACAGUUCAUCUGGGGCAUCUCCAAAAAGAUUUCAGCUCCAUCAAUUCACUGUGAGGCAAAUAAUUUACAAAUGGAGAGCGUUUAUCAUGACAGCGUUCCAGCCUAGGAAUGGAAACCGUUCCAAAAUAUCCUUAAGAUCUACAAGAAAAAGAACAAAUCAGUUUAAAGCCAACAUAACAUCCAGAGAUUUGCAGACCUCCCUUGCUGCAUCUCAGGUAACUGUGCAUGCUUCAGGGAUGAGAAGAACACAAUCAAAAUGGCAUUUAUGGAAGGGUUGCAAGUAAGAAAGCCUCUGCGGUCAAAAAGACACUGGCCGCGUUAAUCUUCCCAGUUACCACCUGGAGGAACCUGUAAGUCAUUCUCUGGACGGAGUCUAAAAUUGACCUUUUUGGUCACAAUCAGAAUCACUUAACACUCCCUACCAACAAAAGAACCUUGUCCUAACAGCAAAGCAUGGUGGUGGGAGUGUUAAGAUUUGGGUCCUGUUUUUCAUGCAUCGUUAACAAAACAUGAAUUCUGAGGUUAAACAGGAGAUUCUUGAACAGAAUGUCAUGCCAUCUGUUAAUAUCAUUUGAGAGUUUUUGGGGAAAAUAAUAACCAUCCCUUCAGGCUUCACAAACGUUCAAGCAGCACUGUAUAAAAACUGAGCUUUUUGCUUGAGCAACUGGAUAACCUAAGGCAUAAGCUAAGAAUUCUGUAGGAAUGUAAAUCCCCUUCUCUUGAGUUUAGAAAAAAGUGUGAAUUUGAGCACAAGUAAUCUAACUAAAUGGGAAAAGAUCCCAAGCCUGUAUUGUAUGGAUGAAAUUAAAUAUAACUCAGCAGCAGCUAAAGCAAAUUUCACAUCAUACAGUUAGAUUCAACCAGCAAAGAGCUAGACUAGAGCUACAGGACAAACCGUUUGCUGUGCAGCAGUGAGUUGCUGAACCACUACCUCCUGGGACAGGGAUGGGCCAUUCCAGUAUGGAAAAAUUAACACAAAACACUGUACAGUUUAGUGUUUCCUCUGCUCUAACACACAUCAUUCAACCUUAAGGGCUUAAUCAGCUCAUGCCUAGGACUGCAACUCUGCAGCUUUAGGGGUUGGUGAUAUGAAAAAAUUAAUAUUUCUCGUUACUGAAAGAAAUUUUCAUGAUACAUGAUACGUAUUAGAGUCUGACCAAUAAAUCGGCGUGUCGAUGUUAUCAUCCAGUACGAGCUACAGUAAAGUGAAAACCAGUCAGACAUACAGCAACAUUAACCUGUGUUUAACAUUACAGUUGUUGAGUGGUGUAAGCUAAGCUCUUGACAAACUUGGUUGUAGAUUUAUUUAAAUUUGAAACAAUAACAAGUAAAACAGUGUGAAUUCUCAUGAAUAAACAAACAGUGGUCCUAUCCUUUCUCCAUAGCUCGUCACUUCCAAAACGACUCUGGCAACAUCGCUUACAGCAGCUUAUAACGCUGACCACAAAGCUAGCUAAUGCUUUGUUUAUCAUUGGAAAACAACUAGCGUUAAUAAGCGAUUAAAGUGUAGUGUUUAACUUAUACUGAUAUAAAUAUUGAGCGGGCUUGUCGUGUUUUCCAGAGGAAUCAAACCUGAAUUUGGAGAGGUUCCUGAGCAUCGUACACUCUCCUUAUUCUUAGGAUGAACAGAGAUCGUGAAUUUCUUUUCUGAUUUCUCUCACAAAAAACAGUGAAAUAGUUACACAUAGCCGACAUUUUCACUGUUGAUUUGCUGCCGCUCAAAUUGUUUGAACGCAUCUGUGCUGACCAGAUUAGGAGAGUGAAGGAAAACAAAACUGGGACAUUUUUUCUUCUCAUAAACAUUCAAAUGAUUUAUUAAGUGUUCGAUUUUGCUGCAUUGUGAUGGUGUUCAAGAUUUCGUUGUUUUGCUUUUUUUUGUUGUUUUUUGCAAUUUUUUGCUGCAGUUUUCAAUGUUUUCAAAAUGGUGCCAUUUGUAACAGUUUUCAGAGCAUUUCAGUGCAUCCCCUCUUUUUAAACGUCUUAAAAAUGAAAACAACUUGUUUGUUUAGCUCUGUCAUUGAUCAAGCAAUCAAAAUUUUUAAGACACUCAAAACCAAUUUAAAAAGUCAUAUACAAAUAUUUUUUGGUGCCCCUUCUGCACUUUUUAAUGCACAAUUACUGUUUAUUUGCUGAAUUUAACAUACUGGGGAAACAAUAAACCUUAAAAUGUGGUCUGUGCAAACUUUAUGGCACAUUUUCUGUUUUGUUUUGAUUUUUUUCUCAAUAUGUUAAACUCGCGAACAAAUGGAAAUAGAAAAAUGCCAUAUUUAAGUGUGUUGACAAUUUCAUUUAGAAAUUUGUCAGAACAUGUGAUUUAACCAGGGAUGUUAACUGUCACAAACAUCUACCUGAAUACGUUUUCUACUACUCCAGACAGCAAGGUAGCCAAAGCACUCUCAUGUAUUCUUGUAAAGAAUCAAAACUUAAAGCAUGCUGUCCAGAAAAGAAGCAAAUUUAUUUGCACUAUACUGAGCGAUAAAAAUUGUUGCCUCAAAUCAGUUAGGAUUAGUCUUGCAAGCCACGCCAGUCUCCAUUGUUUCCCUACGAAAGUGCAUGUUUUCAUAAAAGUGGUAAACAUGUCGGUUAUUCAGAUGUUUUCAGGUAUUUCAAUAGUUUAUCAAAUAUUAUCAAAGGUUCAUUGCAGACUCAUGAGUUGAUUCUGGUGUGUUGGAAUUGGGAAAACACUUGUAGAACCCAACACGGUAAUAAUCUCCCAAUAAUGUAAUACGAUUUUGCACUUAACCAAGUAAAAAAUGUAAUAAAACUCAAUAAUGUAGAAGAAUUGACUUUGUCUUAUUGAUGGUCCCCUCAUCACUGACUGGGUUGAUUCUUGUGUAAAGCACAGAUGCAGGGUAAAAGACCUUUUUGAAAACAAAUUUAAGCAAAAAUACUCAAAUUAUAAAUAUAAUACAUUUCCAAUCAAGUAAUAAGGCAUUUCGUUGUCAAUAAAAGUAUUAUGACAUGAUCGGUUAAGACAUCAUAUUACAUUUGUGGGAAACAAUCACAGUAUUGGGUUCUCCAAUACUAAACCUCAUAGUGCCAUUGGUCUCAAAGACUGGCAUUGUCCAUCCUCGUCCUGGUGCAGCAGCACUGCUACUUAUUAACAUCUAAAGCAGCCAAAUAUUGCUAGCAUGAGAAAUGUCCAGAUUUAAGUUUCAGCAGUUAACUAAACCAGGUGGCUGUUAAAUGCCUUUCAAACUGAGCCAUGGCGUCAGGCCAUUGAGUUUGCCAAAAGAGGAUCUGUUAGCUUAUUCAUGCACAUGAUGUGAAAUUGUAAUGACUUAUUAUUACUUAUUAUAAUUUAUUUCUGUAAUUCAGGUGUAGUUUUAACCUGUAAUGAAAACUGAGUACAAGUAUGGUAUGGAAUAGAGUUAUGAUAUCCUGUAGGUAUGAAAUAAUGUAUUUAUUAUAAUGUUCUUAUAAGGCACAGUAUCAUUAUAAAAUAUAUUAUCGUGUGGAUGAAAUGAAGUAUAAUUUAGUUUCUAAAUCAUGCAUCCAUUUUAGAACCACACACAAACAUCAAUAAUGAACGUUUUCUUGUAGAUACAGUGAAAUCCUUUCAUGAAUGCCAAAUUUUAUUACUUUUCUGUAGUAUUUUCAUUACUGACACUUGUGUAAAAUAAUGUAAAUCUGGAUUUUCUGUAUUGAUUUUUUUUUGGAGCACACCAUUUGGGUUAUUUUUUUGGGUACAAAACUUGUUUAGAGUGCUCUGCAUUUCCUAUGCAAUGAUGCAAUAAUGUUAAAUUUUAUUCCUUUAAAAGUUGUAUUUACAUUUAAAGGCUGUAGAUUUUAUUUUGCUUUCUUUUCAAAUAUUUUAGCCAAAAAUUCCAUUGUCGCUAAGAACGAAGACUAGCAGUUAGCAUUAUGCAAUGGAUGUUGGAAGCCAUGAUUGCAAAUUAUGGAGGUACUGAAGCUUCACGUAAUAGCACGGGGCUAUUGUUCUUUGUGAAUUUAUUUUUUUUUAUUGCCAAAAUAAUUUCUUAGUCUUUUGUUAACUUGAAUUUUCUUAUGUUCAUUGAAGAACAUCAUCAGGUGAUUCAUUAUGUGUAGAUAUGUCUAUGUAUUGAUGAAGACUUUGAGUUUUAUGGGGCCUUUAAAAAAGUAAAAAUUUCAUUCUUACAAAUAAAUCCAAGAUAACAAUGCAAGCUAACUACAUACACAACAAAAGCAUGUAUUAGUCUGAUCGGUAUAAUUAAGAAUUAUGGCUGUCUUGAAUAACCAUAUAAGGUGCUCUCCUUUUAUGGUGUUUUUUUUUUUUGUCCUUGAAAUCACACACAAAGUGCACACGUUCUCUGAUAUACCAGCAACGCCUUGCACAAAAUGUAUAAAUAAAAAACUACGAUUAGACUUAAAA